AUGACGGAUCUGGCAGGUCGCAAGGUCUUCAAGGUCUUCAACCAGGACUUCAUCGUCGAUGAGCACUACACCGUAACAAAGGAGCUCGGCCAGGGCGCUUACGGUAUUGUCUGCGCCGCCGUCAACGGUCAGAGCAACGAGGGUGUUGCCAUCAAGAAGGUGACAAAUGUCUUCAGUAAGAAGAUCCUCGCCAAGCGAGCGCUUCGCGAGAUCAAGCUGCUGCAGCACUUCCGCGGUCACCGCAACAUCACUUGCCUGUACGAUAUGGACAUUCCCCGACCGGACAACUUCAAUGAGACAUACCUCUACGAGGAGUUGAUGGAGUGUGAUCUGGCUGCCAUUAUUCGAUCCGGACAGCCCCUUACCGACGCCCACUUCCAGUCCUUCAUCUACCAGAUCCUCUGCGGUCUCAAGUAUAUCCACUCGGCCAACGUCCUUCACCGUGACUUGAAGCCAGGUAACCUUCUGGUUAAUGCCGACUGCGAGCUCAAGAUUUGCGACUUUGGUCUUGCCCGUGGUUUCUCGGUCGACCCCGAGGAGAAUGCCGGAUACAUGACGGAAUACGUGGCUACUCGAUGGUACCGUGCUCCCGAGAUUAUGCUGAGCUUCCAGAGCUACACCAAAGCUAUUGACGUGUGGUCUGUUGGCUGCAUUCUCGCCGAGCUUCUCGGUGGACGACCCUUCUUCAAGGGUCGUGACUACGUUGACCAGCUCAACCAGAUCCUCAACAUUCUCGGUACUCCCAACGAGGAAACCCUCUCUCGCAUCGGAUCCCCUCGUGCCCAGGAAUAUGUGCGCAACUUGCCAUACAUGCCCAAGAAGCCCUUCCCCGCCCUAUUUUCCAACGCCAACCCCGACGCACUUGACCUUCUUGACAAGAUGCUCGCUUUCGACCCCUCAAGCCGUAUCAGCGUAGAGCAGGCCCUCGAGCACCCUUACCUCCAGGUUUGGCACGAUGCCUCCGACGAGCCAGACUGCCCAACCACCUUCAACUUCGACUUCGAGGUCAUCGAGGACCUCGGUGACAUGCGCAGGGUGAUCCUGGAUGAAGUUAUCAGAUUCCGCCAGCUCGUUAGAACCGUCCCUGGCGGUGGCCAGCCAGGCGCUGCUGGUCAAAUCCCCGGGGCGGGCCAGGUGCCUCUACCACAACAGGGUCAAUGGACGGCCGAUGACCCGCGACCCCAGGAGUACCUCGGCCACGGUGGUGGUCUUGAGCAAGACCUCCAGGGUCUGGAUGGAUCAAGGAGGUAA